AAAACUAUAAUUUUAACUUCCGCUGUAAACAGAGCACGUUUGCACGGGGUGCUUCGGUUACAAUGAUGUGAUUUUCAACUCUACUGACACAGAAUGAGUGGAUCCAAGGGCGGUAACGACCCUGUUAUUUUGGCAACAGCCGGGUAUGAUCACACGAUACGGUUCUGGCAGGCCCACACAGGGAUAUGUUACAGGACCGUCCAACACCCGGACUCUCAGGUGAAUGCUUUGGAGAUCACCCCUGAUAAGCAGAUGAUAGCAGCUGCAGGGUAUCAGCACAUCCGUAUGUAUGACUUGAAUUCCGACAACCCCAACCCUGUGGUAAAUUAUGACGGAAUCCAGAAAAAUGUGACCAGUGUUGGUUUCCAUGAGGAGGGAAAAUGGAUGUACACUGGGGGAGAGGACAACACAGUGAGAAUCUGGGACCUCAGAACAAGGAGUUUGCAAUGCCAAAGAAUAUUCCAAGCUAAUGCCCCUGUAAACUGUGUAUGUUUACAUCCAAAUCAGGGAGAAAUAUUUGUUGGUGAUCAAAAUGGAAAAAUCCACAUAUGGGACCUAAAGAAAGACAGCAGUGAACAUUUGACCCCAGAGAAAGAUACCUCCAUUCAGUCCAUCAGCAUUGACCCGAUGGGAACGAUGAUGUCUGCCAUCAACAACAAGGGAACUUGUUAUAUAUGGACUCUCUCCGGAGGCCGUGGAACAGAUCCUGUUAAAGUCCACUUAAAAAAGACCUUUGAGGCGCAUUCCAAAUAUGGCAUUAAAUGUCUGUUCAGUCCAGACUCCACGUUAUUGGCCACCACAUCUGCCGACCAGACCUGUAAAAUCUGGCGGACAGCCGACCAUACACUGAUGACGGAACUAAAGGAGAACACACAGAGAUGGGUGUGGGACUGUGCCUUCAGUGGGGACUCCCAGUACAUCAUUACAGCUUCAUCAGAUAACAUGGCCCGCCUGUGGUCUGUCGAGACAGGGGAUGUGAAGAAAGAGUACAGUGGCCAUCAAAAGGCUGUGGUCUGUCUGGCCUUUAGGGACGAGUUUGUGCAAUGAUGGCCAAUAACGGGCUAACUGGACUCUGAUAUAUACCGCUUGUCUGACAUGAUUUGGGUGUUCGCCAGUACUGUGGAUCCUUGGCCUCCUUGUUGUUGAAUGCUUGUUGGAAGAAUUUUGUUGCGAGAAAGUUUUUGUAUGGUCUUUUGUUAAAUCUUGCUAAUAAAAAUGAUAGAGUGCAUGUA